AUGCCUGGCAAGGUCAUUUCACCGUACGAGCAGGUCCCGGUGACCAAGGCUGAUCUCGACUGGGCUGAGCUCGUUACGCUUGAUCUGAGCCAGUUCGACAAGCCGGGCGGCAAGGAGAAGCUUGCAGAGCAGCUCACGUAUGCGGCGCAGCAUGUUGGUUUCUUCUAUGUGAAGAACUUUGGCAUCAGCCAAGAGGAGGUCGACAGACAAUUCGCGCUGGGUCGUGAAUUCUAUGACCUGCCGUUGGAGGAGAAGUUGAAGUACCACAACAUCAAAGAUCUUGAGAGCGGAGAGUACAACGGAUAUAGGCCUGCUGGUCUGCGGAAUCUCACGGAAGAUGGUAGCAUCAAGGACAACAUCCAGGUGUACAACAUUCCCAAGUUCGACGGUUUCCACAAGCGCCAGCACCCGCCCGUUUUGUCAGACCACAUCGACGAGAUCGAGGACUUCAGCCGGAAAUGUCACGAGUUCGUCGUCAAGAAGCUUCUGAGGCUCUUCGCUAUCAUCCUAGAGCUGCCUGACGAGGAGCAACUGGUGCGGGAGCACGUGUACGACGACAGGGGCGAGGACCACCUGCGGUACAUGCACUACAAAGCGCGCACGCCCGAGGAGAACAAGCGCAUCGGCAGUCUCUUCGCCCCCGGUCACACUGACCUGGGCAGCGUGACGCUGCUGUUCCGGCAGCCGGUUGCGGCGCUGCAGAUCCUCAACAACCAGGGCCAGUGGAAGUGGGUUAAGCCGCAGGACGCGACCAUCACCAUUAACAUCUGCGACGCCCUCAGCGCCAUCACCGGCGGCUACCUGAAGAGCAGCAUCCACCGCGUGCACGCGCCUCCCGAUGACCAGGCGCACGUCGACAGGUUGGGUGUGCUGUACUUCGCGCGGCCGAACAACCACGUCGUGCUGGACCCGAUCAAGAACAGCCCGCUGCUGAAGCGCCUGGGCCUGGAGGAGAAUGAGUUUACCAAGCUUGGACAGCAUCUGACGAUGGAGGAGUGGGUUAAGGUCAGGCAGACUCAGCAGCAGCGCAGGACCCAGGCACCAAAGAUUAGCGAGGACGGAAAGUAUGAGUACACGAAGAAGGACUUGGAGAUUAUUCCGGGGCUGCAUGCGAAGAUCCACAACUAG